AUGGCAAGUCUCGGGGCGUACGAACCACUUAAGGAGGCGGACCCCUACUAUGACACCCGCACCGCACCCAAGCGCAAAGGGGGCGUUUCUCGUCGCGUAGGAUAUACUCUGCUUGCAGUCCUCGGGGCGAUCGCGCUUUCCGUCUUCUACAUCUCACCUGCGCACUCAGACAGAUCUACGGUACAGUCAGGGGAGUCUUUGACCGGUCUGCUAGGUACGAGGCCGCUCGAACAGUGCGCCUCCAGCCUCCCCCUUGCCGCUAGUCCUCCGGCUCCGGUCAAUAUCUGGGCACCUCUGACAGUCGACGAAAUCGCAUCGGUUCAGAAAUGGCUGGAGGCUCCCAGUCGAGGUCUCAACUUGACUAGCGGCGGCCAAGCUGGCCUGUCAGAUAAUGCUGUCUUCCUGAUCGAAGUGUACCAGCCUCCGAAAGCUGAGGCCCUGGCCUACCUCGAAAACCCCUCCGCAACGAACCUACCCGCGAAGUACGCCAGGGUCACCAUUCACCAUGGCUCAGUGCCCGAGAUCAAAGACUACUUGGUCGGCCCCUUGCCGAUCACUCAGCAGUCGGAAAUGAAGGAGCUGAAGGGUGUCUAUCACCGCGAUGACAUACCUUACCAUGCUCGGGGCUUCAUUUCGGGCAAUGAAUUCGCGACACUCGGGAAAAGAAUUAUGGCGCCGCUAGCUGAGGCAACUCAGGAAUUAUUUGGCGCCUCGGCUUUAGGCUUGGCCAAUGACACAUUACUCGCGGGUAUGAGCGGUCCUUGGAGCUUUGACGGGAGCUUUCGACGGGCGUGGGUGUCCUGGAGACGCAACGUCGCAGGACCUUGGUUGCACCCAGUCAACUUCUUCCAAUACGUCGAUCUCAGCGUCUUUGAGAGCGUCGAGUCGUUCCUCGACGCCUUCCACAACGGGACGCUCAAGAAGCUCCCUGAGAGACCUGACCAGGAUCAAGACCCCUCCUGGAGUACCAGGAAGCGCCCUAACCCCGAUUACAAGCGCGAUCUCGACCACCUUCCUGGCCCUCGCUCUGUCUCCUUUGCCGGCCUCAGAUUCAAAGUCGAUAAGGCCACCCAAUACGUCAGCUGGUUGGGCUGGGGCCUGUACCUUGGCUUCAACCGCGAUAUGGGGCUCAGUCUGUGGGACAUUCGCUUUAGGGGUGAACGUCUGAUCUAUGAGCUCGCUCCUCAGGAGGCGAUCGCUCAGUACGCCGGCAACGAUCCCAUGCAAGCUACCACCGCCUGGCUCGACCGUUUCUUCGGUAUGGGGUUGUCCGUCCGCGACCUUAUGCCCGGCUAUGACUGCCCUCACGAAUCGGUAUACCUGCCCGCUACUACCCACUCCAACAUGGGGAUCAUUACCCGCGAUCGUGCAAUCUGCAUUUUUGAGCAAGAUUCCGGCCGGCCCAUCACCAGGCACACUGGUUAUAUGAAAGGUGAGAUGGGCGCUGUAAAAGGGUACAUCCUUACCAUCAGGACCAUCAGUACUGUCGGAAACUAUGACUAUCUGUUUGACUAUAUGUUCCAUGUCGACGGCACAAUAGAGGGCGGGUACUGGGAACCGAAGCAAGAAGGCUAUGGCGCCCAGAUCCGCGACACAUCCAUGGGAAGUCUGCAUGACCAUGUCAUCAACUAUAAGGUCGAUCUUGACAUGGUCGGCAUGAAAAAUUCCCUUCUCGCUACCACCACGGCGCAGGAGGAGGUCGUACACCCGUGGAUCGAAGAAGACUGGGGUAGCAGGGUCAUCCAGCAGAAGAUCACCCGUCGCUACAUCGAGAACGAAGACGAUGCUCUCCUCAAGUACCCCCACAACUUCCAGGGUUCUUACGCCAUCGUCAAUAAGGACGAGACGAACGCCUGGGGCAGUCCGAGGGGUUAUGCUAUUCAUCCGGGCAACUCUCCAGUUUACAACCUAAUGCCAGUACUUCAGACUGUGGUCGGCUCUAAACGUCUGUUGAAUAAUGCUAACUGGGCUCGGUACAACCUGGCCGUGUCGCGUCGCAAGGACACUGAACCCACGUCCAGUAGCAUGUGGAAUCAGCACCUGCCUGGCGCUCCGAUGAUCGACUUCCACAAGUUCUUUGACGGAGAGAAUAUUACCCAGGAGGACCUUGUCGCUUGGAUUAACUCUGCUGAGCAGACCCUUCGCUGGCUGAGCAGCUGUCAUCAGCCUCAAGCCGAAGAUGUUCCCAACACUCGCACCAAUCUCGCCGCGUCUAGUUUCUUCCUCACCCCGCUGAACUACUUCGAUACGGACGUCUCCAUCGAAUCCAUCAAUGCUAUCGUGCUAACGUCGCCCGAGAAGAGCGGAGAACCCUUCACCUUCGACGACUAUGGCGUCAAGCCGGCCAACUGCAUCCCCGAAGCUGUACCAGAGUUUGAGUACGCCGGAUUGAAGGCCUACACCGUCGAUGGUAAGCCAGCUCCGCAGACGACCGUAGAGGAGCUGAGGAAGCAGGCCGAGCUGUUCCAUCGAAUCAAAGUCGAGAUGUAG